AGAACCUACUGGAUAGUAGCUCUCCAGGACUGGAGUUGGAGACCCCUGAGCUAAGUCGUACCAGAAAGGACCUACUUUCGAACCGUGACUAGUAUUCUUUGUUACCCGGGGACAGCAGUGCACCAAAAUCCCAGGAGAGUGGCUGUUUCUGAGAUGCUGGGACCAGCAUGUGUUCUGCUGACCAAGUUGCAAGUAGCGAAGUAGCGACUGGCCCGGCUCGCAGUCACCGUUGGACUUGCCUUUGAAUUAUUAACUGGUCAGGGGACGAGAAGAACUUCAGCGUGACCUACAGAUCAAACACAGCCAGGGGUUAGGAAGGCCGUCGAGUUGUUUUCACCCUGUUCCCCUACCCAAGAAUGAAACGAGGAUUAAUGGAAAAGAGGACGCAGCAUUAGGAGCCCUGUCACACCAAGUCGUCUCGGUCCCCGCCUGAGUGCAGACCGGCAUUAAUCAGAGGGCCUCGACCUAAUCAGCUCUGCUGUUUACCGGCCCUGUUUUGUGUUCCAUUGAAAUCAUGAUAGACACAGAGUACUCUUGAGCAGUGAGGCUGACCGUUGACCCCACUCCUGAUUGCGUCAUUGUUUCUCAUUUAUCCAGCUCUGCUCUAUAUGAAUCUUAACACAAAGUUCAUAGCCCCCUCGCCGCCGGAUAAUACCCGUGCUCGAAAAGAGCAGACGGAUCUUUUUCAGGGCUGUGCUUCUGUUUUCUGUUCGCCGGUCCUAGCCUCUGCACUACAAAGCACUUUGCUACAGAGGCAGUCAUGGGUGCCAAGGGAUAUGGAUAUUACCGCACCAGCAUUUUCCUGGCAAUGUUUGUGGGAUACACGCUCUACUACUUCAACAGAAAAACAUUCUCCUUUGUGAUGCCCUCAGUGAUGCAGGAGAUCGAACUAGACAAAGAUGAUCUGGGCCUGAUCACCAGCAGUCAGUCCCUGGCGUACGCCAUCAGCAAAUUCAUCAGUGGUGUGCUGUCAGACCAGAUCAGUGCCCGCUGGCUCUUCUCCAUCGGCCUCUUCGUAGUGGGUGCCAUCAAUGUGGCAUUCUCCUGGUCCUCUACGGUCGUCGUCUUCGCCGGCCUCUGGUUCCUGAACGGUCUGGGCCAGGGCCUGGGUUGGCCUCCCUGUGGAAAGGUGCUGCGCAAGUGGUUUGAGCCGUCUCAGUUUGGGACAUGGUGGGCGGUGCUGUCCUGCAGCAUGAACCUGGCCGGAGGCUUGGGUCCCAUCAUCGCCACCGUGAUGGCCCAGAGCUACAGCUGGAGGACCACCCUGUCCGCGUCUGGCGUUGUCUGUGUAGUCGUGGCCGUGGUCUGCUUGCUGGUCAUCAGGAACGAGCCUAAUGAUGUGGGCUUGCCCAACAUCGAACCUGGGACUAAGAAGGGCAAAGGUGGUGCCUCCAGUGACGACAGCACUCUGAAGGAGUUCCUUCUCUCCCCCUACCUGUGGGUACUGUCCUUUGGCUACCUGGUGGUGUUUGGCGUAAAGACGGCCUGCACUGACUGGGGGCAGCUCUUCCUCAUCCAGGACAAGGGCCAGUCCACGCUUAUGGGCAGUUCCUACAUGAGUGCCCUGGAGAUGGGGGGUUUACUGGGCAGCAUUGCCGCUGGGUACCUGUCGGACAGGGCCGUGGCUCGGCAAGGCCUGAGCAGCUAUGGUAAUCCCCGGCACGGCCUCCUGCUCUCCAUGAUGUCUGGAAUGUUUGUGUCCAUGUAUCUCUUCCGGGUCACCGUCGCCCCGGAUAGUCCCAAGGAACCUGCUUUAUGGGUGGUGGCUCUUCACCCUCUUUCUGUCCUCACUGGUUUAUCGGAACAAGAGAUCUGGAUUCUGACUCUGGGAGCAGUGUUUGGAUUUUCUUCAUAUGGACCAAUAGCAUUGUUUGGUGUAAUAGCCAAUGAGAGUGCUCCUUCAAACUACUGUGGAACGUCACAUGCUAUUGUGGCUUUGAUGGCCAAUGUCGGCGGGUUUCUGUCCGGGCUGCCGUUCAGCACCAUUGCCAAGCAUUACAGCUGGAACACAGCAUUCUGGGUAGCUGAAGUAACGUGUGCUGCGACGACCAUCGGCUUCUUUCUGUUACGCAACAUCCGCACCAAGAUGGGCCGCGUGCCUAAGAAGCACGACUAGGGUGAUAGUGUGGGGGUGGGUGGCUGAGUCUCUGAAAUUCUCACAUUCAAUGCUGUUCUCAAAGGGUAUAUGCACUUUAUACCUUUAUCAAAGGGUAUAUGCACUUUAUACCUUUUAUCCUGACAUUCAUUUUCACUCAACAGUGUAUUUUUUUAAAAAUCUACAAAAUGACAAAGUAUGAGCCAUAUUAAAUUUAAAGUAUUAAAUAAGAACUUUUUCAUACUACUACUCUUAUUUUAAGGAAUAACCUCGGAAUAUUUUUUUCUUGUAGGAGAAAUGUACAACUUGUAUAAAGAUUACCAUGGUGUAACAUUUAGAUUUCAUUGGUGAAAAUGAUACUUUUAGAAAUGAUAAAAAUUGUAAUUACAUUUAAAUAUAUGGUAUUUGGGGAGGUUGAAUACUGUCUGUUAGCUUAUAACUAAUCAAAGCACAGUCAUUAGUAUGUUAUACACAGUACAUGAUGGUCUCAGAAAUGCUUGAGUCACUAAUUUGUGAUACAUCUGAAUUUUGCAAUGUCAUAACGACCUCUUUGUGUGCACCACCAAGUGUGUGCGGUGUUAAACUAGGAAAAAAAUGCACAUUUGAGAUGAAUGGUGCUGCUCAUGCUUCUAAUCAAAUUAUUUAGUUUGUGUUUGAUUUUAAUGUACAUAUACUCAGUGUGUGAGGUCCAGAACACAUGAUACUAUUUUCUAAAUGACUGGUGUUUUAAGUUUGAAGCCAGACCUACGAUGUACAACCCUGUGUUGUGUUACAUCGACGUUACAGUAUCUUUUUUUGUGUAGAUUCACCACUAUCAACUGGCGGCCAGUAUGACCCUGGGGUUUCAGUCCACUGGGUGGAAUCGGUAGUUAUAGGGUGUGCCAUUUUAUUUGUGGCCAAAUGCUGCACGUCAUACCAUUGAGAAAUGCUUUGUGGAUUACCUACAUUUUAUAUUUUGAAUCAGCCUUCAUUGCAAUGGAAUGUUUGUUUUAUAUCUGUAUUUUCAUUCAGCAAUCAAGCACAGAUAGUUUGAAAAGGUCUGAAGGUGAUUUAAGGUGUCACCACUGGAUCGAGUGUUCCACUGCUAUUUAUAUAUAUACUGUAAUUUUUGUAGUGAUCGUAUUAAAUGAUGUAAUUUUGGAAAUUUAA